ACCUGACGUUUCAUUACGUCAAAUUUCUAGGUUAUCGAUUUUUCCUAACUGUCAUUUUAUGUAUUUUCCAAAAACAUGCAGCAAUUUUAGCGCUCAAAACUAGUCUCAAAAUCUUUUAAACAGUUGGAAAAUCGUUCAAAAUGAGUACAGAUCUGAUUGUAGAUCCACAAAUCCGUUCCUGGGUGUUUCUCCCAAUCGUAGUGAUCACAUUUUUAGUGGGAAUAUUGAGACACUAUGCCUCCAUCCUGUUAUCCAGCCAAAAGAAAGUCGAGUUACAACAACUAGCCGACUCUCAACUGAUAAUCAGAGCUCGUGUGCUCAGAGAAAACUGCAGCUACAUCCCGAAAAAUUCAUUCCUGAUGCGGAAGCAAGCUUUCAACAAAGAAGAUGGUUAUCUCUUGCAAAAGAGGCCCCCUGUCACCCAGAACAUGAUGACUGACCCUUCUAUGAUGACAGACAUGCUCAAAGGAAACAUCACCAAUGUCCUACCCAUGAUCGUUAUUGGAGGAUGGAUCAACUGGAUGUUCUCUGGAUUCAUAACCACCAAAGUACCAUUUCCCCUCACAUUACGUUUCAAAUCAAUGUUACAAAGAGGGAUAGAACUCUCACAUCUAGAUGCAAGUUGGGUGUCAUCAGCAUCCUGGUAUUUCCUCAAUGUGUUUGGUCUGAGAAGCAUCUAUGCCCUUGUGUUAGGUGAAAACAAUGCUGCUGAUCAAAGUAGGCAGAUGCAAGAGCAAAUGCAGAUGACUGGUGCAGCAUCUGGUAUGCCAGCAGAUCCAAAAAUCCCAUUCAAAGCUGAGUGGGAAGCAUUGGAAAUUGUGGAGCAUCAUUUCAAACUGCCUGAUGUUGAAAAGGAAAUAUUAGAUGGAUAGAUGUAUUUUAUGAUAUAGUUAAUUUAUUUAAAUUGUUACAAUGUCAUUUUGAAACAUUUAAUGACUUGUUGGUGAUUUUCCAAGAUUAAGAUGUAAUGAAUUAUGGAUUUCUCAAAGUCAAAUUGUUGGUGUUGUAUUGUACUGUAUAUAGAAAAUUGAUAUGAGAGAUAGUGUGAUUAUGAUCUACUAUAAGAUGUACCUCUAACUGUUUGUCACUCAAAAUAGAUUGCACUUUGAAAUGAAUAUGAAAAAUAGGUAAAUGUUCUGUUCCUACUUGUAAUUUAAUAGAGCAAUUCUGCAAAUCUUGAUUUUAUGUUCUACUAUCUGAAUACUGAAUAAAUCCUACAUGUAAUUGUUGCACUAUAGAAUUAGAUAUUGAAUCAGUCUUAGGAGAGGAUGGUAACCACCUCUAAGCUUCUAAGACGACACUAGAAAGUUUAAAAAAGGUUGAGGGACUUAACAUAGUAAAGGAAUAAAGAUUGAUAUGAAAAUGAACAGAAUCAAUGGCGUAUAUUUAUAGUUAUUAUCUUAAUAUCAAAAAAAUCAACAAUUCUAUUUUAAAAUCAUGUUACAUAAAUAUCAAGCCAGAGACCAAAUUAAGGAUUAAACACUAUUCCUGCAGGACAUACAUUACACAUUCAAAUAAUGAAAAAAAAAAUGUAAAAUACCUCAAUAUGUGGAGAUCACCAAAUUACCCUUUAUCAAUGUAUGUAUAUGGUUAUUAUGUAGAACUCUAGAACAAUUGAAUCUGAAUUUCAAAAUAGCGUAGAAAUGAUCAGUAUUUUUAACCCAGCGUUUUCAAUUUAAGGAAAUCCUCCAAAAUUAGGGCUGUCAUAUAAAAAAAGUUAAUCCAUGGAAUACAAAUACAUAGUUACAAUACAUAUGGUUAAGACUGC